CUGGGCUCCUCGCAUCUCCGUCGCGGUACUCAUCGCCGGAAUUCUCAGUCUACUAUUUUGUGCCGUGCGAUCACAUCGCUCCGCGCGUUUUUUCUCGGAAAUAUUUUGUUUAUGUGCAAAAAUGCCAAAGAGGCAUAGAAGCCGUAGCCACUCACGCGAUCGUGUUGGUUUGAGCUCCGUUUUGAAGAAGAUUGAACGUCGCUUGAGUAAACUGGAAAACCUUCGGAAACGACGCCGUACCGGAUCACCCUCUUACUCAUUAGAUUCGUCUCACACGCACAGUGACGGUUAUACUACGAAUUCUUCAAGUUACCACAGUGGUAAUUCUGGUCAUGAUCACAUCACUGCAUCCGAAGAUAAGGACAAUAACCACACAGCUAUACUGCCUGAACAAACUGGAGAGGUUCCAACACACCCGUCAAAUACCAUUAUGUCCAUUUUCACCGCUGAGGGAGAUUCGGAAAAAAUAUUUUCUGCUGCAAUCCAACCGGAAUUGGCUGCUUGA